CUUAAAAAGCUCUAAGCUUGCACUUUUAAAUUUGUUGUUCCAAUAAAAAAUCAUUAUUUAGUUGGGCAGAAGUAAUCCCCGGUCAAACAUAAAUAUCUAUAUGCUGUCAAUAAAAUCAUUAGAGAUAGUUAAAUAAAAAUAUUUGUCAUGUCUUGUGUUACGUUAAUAGCUGGAGGCAUAGGCUUUGGUAAAAGCACUUUAAUUUCUUUUAUAGAGAAAAAUAAAAAUGCUCUUUACACAUCGAAUUCGAUAGCUUCUGUUAAUAAAUCACUAUGUAGAAUAAUACUGGAUGAACUUUGCCCGAUUGAAGAACAGGCAGAAAUGAUGAAAUCUUUGAAAGGUUGGAAGUACUUUAGAGCUGAUCUCCUGAUGGCAGCAGAACAUUUCAUCAGUUCAUUACUCAAUUCAAAAUUCAUCAUACAUGGGCCUUUGACUGAAAGGAGCCACCUUUUGCUUGAAAAGCUGAAUAAUUUGAAUAAAAAUUUAGCAAAAAAUAGCAAUUUUGUUUUUCUUGUGGAAGAUAAUUUUUACUACAGAAGUAUGCGGUAUGAAUGGUUCCAGCUAUCCAGGAGAGCCAACGUAGGAUUCUGCCAGAUAUUUCUGGAUUGUCCUCUUGAUGUGGCAAUUUCAAGGAAUGCCAGUCGAGGAUAUAGUAUUCCUGAGGAAAAAAUAAAGAGAAUGCUGACAUUUAUGGAAUAUCCUGAACCUGAGAAAUAUAAAUGGGAGAAAUUUUCCUUAACUUUCAACUCUUCAGGCAAGCUAGAAAAUGAAUCUUUGAAACCAAUAAUUUCCAUAAUGGAGGAAGCUUCUAAAAAUCCUGCUGAAAUGCUGAUAAUGUCUGAUAAGAUUGAAGCCCGAUCCAUUUGUUCAAAAAAUGUGAUUCACCAAGCUGAUAAAGUUCUUCGAAAGUCUGUUUCGAACGUAGUGUUUUCAAAACGAGGCCAAAUACCAGAAGAAAACCUGGCCAAUUUCACAUCUUUCAUUGCUGGUGUUCGCCACACUGUGCUGUCGUUAAUUAAAAAUGGUGAGAUAGAAUUUUCUGGAGCACUUUUGGACAAUUUGAAAUCACACGGAAUAGAGAAGGUUCAAGAAGAGUUUGAGAAAACUGUCACUGAAAAGUUUGAAGAAGUGAUGAAUGAAAAGUUGUUCGAUUGUGGGGUUCUUUUUCCACCCAAGGACAAGGAAUCCCAUAUUUUGUGGAGUCUAAAAGCAUUAAAUCUUGAUGAUUCAUCCAACAGAUGAUAGAAUAUUCUUCUUAUAUAUAUCUAGAAAAAAAAUUAUGUUUAUACAUAUAUAUAUAUAUCUUGUCAACCUUUAAAAAAACUACAAUCCUCUGGGCCGUAUCAAAAGCAUGAAUAUGACAAAAGUGCAAAUAGACAGAUGCAUGUUUUUGAAAUGAUGUGAACAAUGUGUUGACUUGGUUAAAUUUAAAGCUAUGUAGUAUUUCAUUAAAAAAAUGCUUACAUAUAAAUAAAUAUCUUUGCAUACACAGAGUUCUCUCUAGGUAUUAAUAAGGGCAGGGUGCUUCUCACAGAAAAAGGCAGUUUAAAUUUUGAAAAGGCACUCACUUAACCACCGUAAAAUUUAUCAAAAUGUGUAAUACUAUGCAAUAAUUGAAUUUGAUCCUCAACAAUUUUUUAAUAACCAUCUUAUACUGUUUUAUGUAUAUAUUUCAAAAUGUAAACCGCAUUCAUUAAGAGAAAUAUUUGUAGUUUUUAAAAAAUAAUUGAAUACAUGCUAUAAGACAAUCUCUGUGUCUAAAGAUUUUUUUAAAAAAAGUAAACAAAGAAUGAUUAAUUAAUAAGCAACUUUUUUCUAUAUCAGAAAAUUAUAACAUACUGAACAUUUAAAGGCGAUUUUUUU